AUGGAAGGGCGGAUAAUCACAAGCGAUCUACUUGAGAACGUACGACAACAACAGAUUGAGCGAAACAUAUCAUGGACUAUGGAUAACGGCUAUAUGAGCUUUGUGACGGGUGAUCGCGACUGGGCGUAUUGGCGGUUUACGUUGGGCAGUCUAGGAAUCCGCUUCAUCGAAUUAAGCAACAUAUCCGAGCAAUCCAGUGUGGGAGCUUAG